UGGUCAUUGGAGCGUUGUACAGAAUGGAGAAUCCCCAACUGGAAAAUGUGAGACGGCGCAGGUGUGACAGCGCAGCCUCUGUGCCGCAGCUCUGUAACUCUCCUACAAUGAUUGUGAUGGUGGGAUUGCCAGCCAGAGGGAAGACCUACAUCUCCAAGAAGCUCACUCGCUACUUGAACUGGAUUGGAGUCCCUACAAAGAUGUUUAAUGUGGGCCAGUACCGCCGAGAGGCUGUCAAGACCUAUAAGAACUUUGAGUUCUUUAAACCUGACAACGACGAGGCCAUGAAGAUCCGCAAGGCCUGUGCAUCCGCCGCCCUCAAAGAUGUGGCUGCCUACUUCACAAAGGAGCAGGGACAAGUAGCCGUAUUUGAUGCUACCAACACCACCAGGGAGAGAAGGGCAGUCAUCAAUAGUUUUGCAAAGGAGAAAGGCUACAAGGUGUUCUUUGUGGAAUCAGUCUGUGAAGACCCUGACAUAAUCGCAGAGAAUAUCAAGCAAGUAAAAUUUGGGAGCCCGGAUUAUGCGGAUCGUGACGUAGAUGAAGCCAUGGAAGACUUCAACCAGCGCAUUGAGUGUUACAGGGAACACUACAUGCCUAUAGAUGAUGAGAAAGACAGGAAGCUCUCCUAUAUCAAGAUCUUUGACGUGGGCAGUAGAUACCUGGUGAACAAGGUCCAGGACCACAUUCAGAGCAGGAUAGUCUACUACCUCAUGAACAUCCAUGUCACACCGAGAUCCAUCUACCUGAGCCGCCAUGGAGAGAGCGAGCUCAACCUAUUAGGUCGCAUUGGUGGAGAUUCAGGCCUGUCCCCCCAAGGACAUAAAUAUGCCAGUGCUUUGGGAGUCUUCAUCAAGAGUCAGAAAAUCAAUGACCUGAAGGUAUGGACGAGCCACAUGAAGAGGACCAUCCAGACUGCAGAGGCUGUGGGAAUGCAGUAUGAGCAGUGGAAGGCUCUCAAUGAAAUAGACGCUGGUGUAUGUGAGGAACUAACCUACGAGGAGAUUCAGGAGAAAUUCCCAGAAGAGUUUGCAAUGAGAGACCAAGACAAGUAUCGUUACCGUUACCCCAAGGGUGAGUCCUAUGAGGACCUUGUCCAUCGUCUGGAGCCAGUCAUCAUGGAGCUGGAAAGGCAGGAAAACGUUCUGGUCAUCUGCCACCAAGCUGUGAUGCGUUGCCUGCUGGCCUACUUUCUAGACAAAUCUGCAGAUGAGCUGCCUUAUCUAAAGUGCUCCCUUCACACUGUGCUCAAACUCACACCAGUAGCCUACGGGUGUAAAAUUGAGUCGUUUUUCCUCAAUAUUGAAGCAGUCAACACGCACAGAGACAAGCCAGAGAAUGUCGACAUCAACAGAAACCCAGACGAAGCCCUGAUCACUGUUCCUGAUCACAUAUAGAUGCUGUUUUUUGGGGAAACAGACCACAGCCAUGUGAAAGUGUGUUACUACUGAUAAGCUAAACUAAAUGUUCAAGAUGCACUCCGGUUAAAGGUUGAUU